AUGCCCUUCGACCGUUUGCGACGACUAAUCUGUAAAGUAGCCGAUAACUUUCCACUUUCCGCCUCGAACCCGAACAAAACCAGGGACAAGGACCCGUCCUUUUCGUUCAAGACUCUCAAGCUCCGAACCCGCCAGAAACCACAAGAGCCUGCGCAGACUACUCCUUCUCCCGCCCCAGUUUCUCCAGUAGACUCUCCUCUCAACACCAGGUCUACCGGUUACGAUUCGACUCUGUCCGCGCCUUUCAUUGAGACGCCGAUAGUAUUCUCCCAUCGACCGACCGCCGAAAUGGCUGACGGAGAGCCCGACUACAGCUCUCUGCCAUUGACAGACAGAUGGGUUCACAAGGUGUGGAAAGUUCGCAAGGCAGCAUACGAAGAGGCUGCAAAGCAAUUCGAAGCCACCCCCGAUGAGUACGAUCCCGCUUUUCGUCCGUUCAAUCAGGACCCUAGUCUAUGGAAGGGCGCCGUCGUGGACUCCAACGUUGCCGCACAAUCCGACGGCAUUGCCGCAUUCUGCGCCUUUCUCAAGUUCGGCGGCAAGGAGAACUGCGUGCGCUCACGCAAUCAGGUUGUCACUCCCAUCUGCGAGAAGGCUCUAAUUUCGACGAGACCGGCCACAAAGGCCUCGGCAAUGGAGGCACUCUUGUUGCUCGUCGAGCUGGAUGUUCCAGGUCCUGUAAUUGAAGAUAUACUCCCUGCUCUUUCAGCCAAGCUGCCAAAAGUCGUCGCUGCUGCGCUGGCUGCUCUCACCAGUAUCUUUCACAACUAUGGCUGCAAGACUGCCGACCCAAAACCAGUCCUAAAGAUCCUACCAAAAGUAUUUGGCCAUGCCGAUAAAAAUGUCAGAGCAGAGGCGACCAACCUUGCUGUCGAGUUCUAUCGAUGGCUCAGAGACGCCAUGAAGCCCAUGUUCUGGGGUGAUCUCAAACCAACACAGCAAUCGGAUUUGGAGGCGCAAUUUGAAAAAGUCAAGGCAGAAGGUGCGCCUAAACAGGAAAGAUUAUUGCGAUCGCAGCAAGAGGCCGCAGCUCGUGCUCCAGCGGCUGGUGCCGGUGGUGAGGAAGAGUACGACGAGGGCGACGCUGGAGAAGACCCCGGCGAGGUCGAUGCCUUCGAUCUGGCCGAGCCGCAAGAGGUCCUGUCAAAGGUUCCUGCCAGUUUCCACGAGAAUCUCGCCUCGUCAAAGUGGAAAGAACGCAAGGAGGCACUGGAAGCCCUGUACGCGCUUCUCAAUGUGCCGAGAAUCAAAGAUGGAGACUUUGGAGAGAUCAACCGCGGUCUUGCGAAAUGCAUGAAAGAUGCCAACAUCGCUGUCGUCACCCAGGCAGCCCAAUGUAUCGAGGUCUUGGCCCAGGGUCUACGAAAGAGUUAUGGAAAAUACAGAUCCGUCGUCAUGGCACCCAUCAUGGAGCGCUUAAAAGAGAAGAAGGCGUCGGUAGCCGACGCUCUCGGUGCAGCACUCGACCAGGUCUUCCUGGCCACAGACCUGAGCGAAUGCAUGGAGGAUAUCACCACGUUCCUUGUUCACAAGAACCCUCAAGUCAAGGAGGGCACCAUGAAAUUUCUCGUCCGGUGUCUGAGGACUACCCGUGAUGUGCCGAGCAAGCAGGAGAUUGCAACCCUGGUUGAAUUCGCCAAGAAGCUCUUGGCAGAAUCAAGUGAAGGACUGCGCUCUGGCGGUGCUGAAGUCCUGGGAACUGUCAUGAAGAUUAUUGGCGAGCGCGCCAUGAAUCCGCAUCUUGAAGGCCUUGACGACAUUCGCAAAAACAAGAUCAAGGAAUAUUUUGAGACAGCCGAAGUCAAGGCUAAAGACAAACCAAAGCCACCGCCGGCGCCUGCAACCCGCGCUCCACCUGGUGGACCGAAAAAGGUUGUCGGUGGUGCCAGGAAGGCCCCAGCAGGACUCAAGAAGCCACCACCAGCUGCCGCUGCGGCUCCUGCCGAUGCAGCACCGCUUGCACCGCAGCCAUCCUCGAGGCCGGCUCCGGCUGCAAACAAGAUUGCCGCGCCCAAGACCGCGUUGGGUGGCUUGAAAGCCCCGCGUGGUCGUCUCGCCGGCCCCAGCGGACUUGCCUCUCCGCGAAGAGCCCCGGCAGCAGCACCGCCACCCCCGAUGGAAGACGAAGAGCCCGUGCAAGCUUCGCCUCCGCCACGGCCAAGAAUCGGCCUUGGAAGAGGCGGUCUUGCCGGACGAUCUUUGGCAAAGCCGGCUGCGCCCGUUGCGGCACCACCCGUGUCUACCUCGCCACCUCCAACUAGCGGCUUCAGCGCCAUGGAACGCGCCGAGCUUGAGGAAUUGCGGAAUGCCAAUGAGCGACUCUUGCGACAGGCCGAUGAGAUGCGCCAGGAAAGGGGCAAGCUGGCCUCUGAAAUCCAGGAGCUCAAGAACCAGAACGCACAACUCAUUGAGGACCACACAAGAGAUGUGCUCAGCAUCAAGGCAAAGGAGACACAACUUGUCAGAGCACGCAGCGAUGCCGAGGCAGCGGAACAGACCAACGAGCGGCUACGACGCGAGCUUGAGCGUCUCAAGAGGGCACUGAGCAAGGCCGAGGCUGCGAGCGCGAACUCAGGGGUCGUCAGUCCUGGUCUUGGCAGCCCGACGCAUGAUGACAUGGGCAUAUACCGUGAUGGCGGUGGUUUCCCGGGUGGUAGAGCGACUAGGUCGAGUUUCGCCAGCACAUUUUCCGAGGAAAAAGAAAAUGGCGACCCCCCGCCAAGCUACCCUAGAAACAAGAUGAUGAGUCCAGAGUUGCGAUACGGCAGUGGAUCGAGUGGCCGCGGCAGUCCGGCUCGCGGCUACCGGAGUACACCUAUUGAUGAUAAUGCCGGCGCCGGCGGAACGUCAUCGAUAGCGAGCUCAACGGCAACUGGCGGUGGCAACAGCAGCAGCAAUGGGGUUGAAAGCUGGAAACGUGCAGCCGAGGUGACUAGUCAACUCAAGGCCCGGAUAGAACAGAUGAAGGUAAAGCAAGCAAAUAGUCCGAUACUCGUGUGGUCCAAACUAACAUGA